AAUAAAAUCCUUAGUUAAAUAAAUUUAAAAACUCCCGCGGAUAUAUAUUUUUGAAUAAUACAAAAUAGAUGGCGCGUAUAAUUGUUGAUUAUAAUCAAAAUGGCAGCAUGUUAAUGGUUACUCUGAAAAGACUUUGCCCAAAGACGGACGCGUUAAAUUUAACCGCGUUAUUAUUUAAUAAUAAUAAUAUUUUAACUAAUAAAAUUAUUUUGCCGUACAAUAAUCUUACUGUAUUUAUGAUAAUACGUUAAAUUGAUAAUUGUCAGUGAUAAUAAAACCUGUUGUAAAUUUAAAUAGUGUGUUGUCGUCAAACAUUUUUUUUUUCUUUAUUAUUUUAUCAUCUCUCGUACACACUGAAUUUUGGUGCGCGAUGAUUCGCGAAGGGUUGUAGCCAUAUUUACAAUACCAGUAUCAGUAAACUUUUACACGUAUAUAAAUUUAUUUUACAUUCAUAAAGGUUUUUUUUUAAAUAUAUAUAAAAUUUGUUAUCUUAUAAUUGACUACUGUGUAGACAAAAGCUCAUUUAGCUUUUAAUCAAUUGGUUUAUGCUAAUACGUGUGAUUAUUAAUGUGCAAUCAGUGACAUAAUGAUCAGUUGAUGAUAGCCAACGUAUCUGGAUGUCGUUAGUUAUCUCUUUUAAAGACAAAUACUUGUCAAGUUUAUAAAUAACAUUACACGGUGUAAGUUAUUAUUAUUUUAUGAUAAUAAAGACAGCUAAGAAUUCUGGACACUUUUACUUGUUCAGAACAAUGACUAUUUUAUUGCUGGAUAUUUUUGCGGAUUAUUAAUUUCUAUUAAUGGUGACAAGUUAUUGAAAUUUUUUAUGUCUACAUGGUUUGGAGCAGAACCACUGAAGAAACGACCAAAGAUAAUGUUAUGUUUGACAUAAAUAACAAUAACAAUUAUUCUUUAAAAAAAGGCCUGCAAGGUGCAGGCUAGGCACAGUAGUGCCACUUUCGGGUGAUGGAUCCAGUUGGUCCAUGGUACGCCUCGUACAAUCGUUUGACAACAGGAACAGCCGCCGGCGCAUUUCAAGCCGGCGGAGCAACAGCAAGUGGUGAUUUUGUGCCUCACCAUCUUGGAUCACCGACGACUAUUAAUCAAACUUCACCAUCGCCGUCGUCAACAACGUCAGUGGUGGUGCCGACUACGACCUCACAGUUGCUGCUGCAAUCAUCUCACACCACGGCUUCAUUGGCCGGUCAAUCGCCGCCAUUUAAUUCUGGUGGUUUUUUGUCACCGCCGCCGGUUGGUUAUGACGUAUUCUCACCGCUGUUUCAUCAUUCAAAUGUCAAACAAGCCCAUUAUAAUGUCACAACAGCCGGUGGCUCGCAACGCGGCGGUCAACCGAUGGUACAGUCUCAGACUAGUACUGUCAGUAAACAAACAACACCCGAGCCAGAAGUUGUCCCGGGUGUUGUGCGGGAAAACUAUACCACCAAUCAAACCUCAUUCUUUGAGCACCAAUCACAAACAACCUCACCGACGACUUCCGCGUUGCCCUGGAACUCGAGCAGUUCUCAGCUACCCAGUCCGUUUGGAAUUCUGCCGCACGAGAGUGUAGUUUCUCCCUCGCCAGCAGCUCCACCGGCAACUAAAUCAACAAACAACAGCAAUAGCUACGAAAAUAAUUUCAAUCCUCACUUUACAACUGGACAGCCUAUUGGUACUAUUAAUUCAUACGCAACGGACAAUGGUAAAAAAUUAUCAAGAUCAGCAUCACCUGUCACAAUAAAAUCAACAUCUCCUGGUACGACGCAGUCAUUUUUCCAACAAACAUCGACUACAUUUGAUCCUGAUCUUGCUGCGAGUUAUUCAAAUGACAACACUGCGUCAAAAGUACAAUCUUCGUUGCAUCAACAGCAAUCGUGUAUUGUAUCGACGUCAAACAUCGAUCAUCGAGUACCGCAAACCCACUCAUCACCAGUGUCAACUAUAUUUCAAAGCACUGGUGGCAGACCAACGGCCAUUCACACGCAGGAUAAAAAUUCUGUGGUACAAAAUCCACAGCCGGUACAAACAAAAGCACAAACUAAAGCGUACGCUGACAUGGGAAAUCAUGACCACCAGCGAACAGACACCAGCCUCGAAGCCAGCCAAUCAUCGCCCAUCAGUUUCUCUAUGAUGGAUGCACGGACUUUGAACUAUGCUCCCAAUACGCCCAAUAAUUGUGCCAGUAAUGCCAGUGGUAAAAUUACCACGAGUGCGCAACGGACGCCGCCCAACACAAAUCUACAUCAGCAGCAGUAUCAUGUUAUAAAUCAACAGCAGAGUCAACAGCCAGCUCUGCCACCGCAACAGCAAACAACACCCUACCGACAUUAUUCGACAGGGUCACAAAGUGAAUCAGAGUAUCACCAUCCCGGUAGAUCAAAGUCUGCUGCAUCGACUGACUCUGCGUAUUCAUCAAACACGUCGACGCAAAACGGACCCGACUGCGGAGUUGUUGUGCCGCGUAGACCGAGUCCUCUGCAAGCUCAUUCACAGGCGAGUCCUCUCAGCCAUGUACCCAGUCCGGCAUAUCCGAUGUACAAUAGUCCGAUGGCGGCGAUGUCAUCCCCGUCCCCGCUACCUCAACACGGAGACAAUAGUGCGAGUAAUCAAUGUGCCAAUGCUCAAACAUAUAAAGCUAUACAGCAACAGGUAACACCGCCUUCACCUCUGGACGUCUCUGUUACCAGACCAGCCUCCCAAGGUCAGGUUGCCUACUCAUCUGUAAUCACCCGUGUUCUUGGUACUUCAGAUAACACCAAAGCCAAUUACAGCGCUGAGAAUCGUAGCUACGAGCAUCAAGAUUUUGUACAAAGGCCAAAGCAACAACUAUGUUGGGAUAAUAAUGACACUCGACCCGCUCCUACCAACAGAAAGUUUCCAAUGACUGCGUACUUGCCUAACAAUGCGGAAAUAAAUUCUCAAACGCUGUCAAGCCAACAGCAGCAGCAGCAACUCAAUAUUCCCGAGCGACAGCAAGGUUACUUUGAUUCAAGUCAAGUGCCACUUCAAGAUCUAAGCAGUUGUCGUGCCGGCGAUUCAAUGAGUAUUGUCAAGAAUAUACAUCAAAGCUCGUCGUGUCAAAUUCAACAACAGCAGCAGCAGCAAUUGGGUGGCGUACCACAACCCGAAGAUCCGCAGAAACAAGUUGAAGAGCGACAGAGAAAAAUCGAUCCUAGCAAAAAGAGGCGCAGCUUUGAAAAAAGCUCCAUACAUAGUUCGACUUUUAACGAUCUCUCGUCAACAAGUACACCUGCGAUGAGCGAUUACCUCAGCCGAGUACCACCACCAGCUCACCAUAAUUCAAAUCAGCAGCCGCAAAACGGCUACUUUGAUUUCGAGAGAUGGAAUUUGGCGUCUGGCUCUAAAAUGUUUAGCAGUUCUGCGGGACCCUUUGGAUCCCAAAGUACUCUUCACCAUGCCGGUAAUUACGUUGGCAACUCGACGACUCAUCAGCACCAAUCACUGAUGGUUUCACAUCAUACUCCACCUAUAAAUCCUAUACCUCCAUACUUUCCGGCAUUUCAUCUACCACCUGGACACCAUCCUGGUCACCAUCCCCAUGAGUAUCACCAGUCUUCCAUGGACGUCAGUUCGAUCAGUUACAUCGGUGACAAUUCAAAUUCUGGUCACCACCACCAUCUUCACCAUCCCCAUCACCACAAUUCCAGUUCAACUGGCGGAUAUCAAGAUUUCCGUGAUGACCAACCGAAAGUUAUUGUUCCAAACAUCGAGGAGGAGCUGGGCUUUCUUCAGUCGAACCAGUUGCCAGUCGAGACUGCUAAUCAGGUGAACAGGGAUCUCAAGCCGGCGUGCAAAGACCCAAAUUCUGGUUUCAUGACAAGCUACUUGAAGUUUUUGCAGGGCGAGCGAGAACCCUCGCCACCACCUGCGAUUCGCGGAGGAAGGAAGACCACAUGGAACAGGUCGAAACCUUAUUUGCCACACGAGCCCAUUAAAUCAAUCAGUGAUAUCACAGCAUCAGCAGCAACCAAUGGAGACCUGUACAAGGGAUUAAAUUCGGCCAAAGAAACCCCGACAAUAGACUACGCCAACGAUCCACGGUACUUUCCAUUGCCCAAGGAACGAAAGAAACCUUACAUUGAUUCCAGCGACGACGGUAUUAUGAGCGAGGAUGAUUUUCCAUUUACAUUAAAAAAGAACGAUAAGAAUAAAUUAAAUAAUAGUAGUAGUAAUAAUAAUAAUAACAAUAAUAGUAAUAACAAUAACAAUAAUAUGAUGACAAAUGUUGAUAAUAAUGUUGUUAAACCACCGCCUAAGAAAAAGGGACGGCCGAUAAAACCCGGAGGUCCGACAGACAGAAAGAGAAAAGCCGCUGCAGCGGCUGCCGCGGCGGCUGCUGCUGAUGCAGCUGCAGGUAGGCCACAAAAAAAAACUGACAAUAAUUUAUUAUUAUUACCGCCUCGACGGGAAACGUCAAAACGUAAAGCUAAAGAGAAGGUUUCGACCAAACAACUCGCUGAAAAUUCCGACGAUGACGAGCAGGGCGACUCUGACUCAGACCCGGCCUGGACUCCGGCAGCCAAACUCACCGGUGACGAUGACGACAAGAAGAAAAAACGCGGCCGUCCGGUUAUUAGUAAAAAAACUAGAAAAAUGCUCGACGAUGACGAUUACUCGUCGAGUGAUUUGAUUCCGAAAAAAGGAAGAAAAAAAUCCGAUCACAAAAAUUCGGUAUUGAAAAUUGACGAAAAAUUGUUGGCGUCUGUUAGCGAUGAGGAUAUUGAUAUAUCGCCCUUUAAGCGAUAUAUUGAGGAUAAUGAAACUGGGUCGGGUGAGUUUGUUGUUAUCAAAGCUGAGUUGAAGGAGGAGUAUCCGGCGUUGUGGAGGAUAGACGGUAAAACGUUGCUACAAAAAUAUGAACCAUUUGAUUCAAAUGGCAAAACACUUUAUCGUAAUAUUUCAACGUACUCGGGUUGGACACCGCAAAAUCGGCAUAUGUAUCAACAAGUUCCGGUUAAAUUUUGGCAGCAAGGAAAAUUAGAAACUAUUGUUGAAUUUUUACGUGAUGAAAUGAUUAUUGAUGACAGAGAAUGUAUCAAUCGGUCUAUAAAAGAAAACGAAAAAUACCAAGAUAACUUUGAAGUUUAUGUACAGACACUAAUAUCCCAAGCACUAGAUUCAAAUUUCCUGACUGAAAUUUUCCAAGAACAUGAUGAAUAUUUUUUGUCAAAUGUUAAAAUGAUCGACGAAAUAACGGAGGAACGUAAACGGCGACUACUGUCGACGACUAAAUGGCAAACAAAUGUCGUAACAGUAAUAUCCACGUGGCCUUGCUUGAAUGUAUUGAAAGACUUGUCAAGCUCUGAGUGCAAAGGUAAACAAUGCAGUGGCUGUCAGCACAGCCAAAUUCAUGCUAGAGUCCUGUUGUACGGACAGCCAUACAAUGCUACGACAUUAGAAGGUUCUCCGCCAGACCCCGCAGUGCCUCAUGAAAAGGACUUUUUGCUAUGUCGAGUGUGUCAAAAGAAAGUUGCUUUAUUCAACAAAGUGGCGCAUCAAAAAUAUCUCAUGUUCCUCGAAUGUGCUAGAAGAGUUGCUGACAGAAGAAUAGCUGAUCCUAAUAAAGACACAACGACUAUUCUCAAUGAAUUGCUGGCUGACGAAACGUGGCUCAAUCAGUUAUUUAAAGAGGUACGAACAAUUUGGGCAGAAAUUGAUAGCAUAGAAUACCAAUCAAAAUCAAAAGUAAUAACAAAUUCAAAUAAUUCAACAUCACCACCAGAGAAUCAAGACUUAAAUCCCGAAGCGUCCAAUGUGCCAUUAAAUACAGAUUUUGAAAUGUCUACCCAACCAACCGAAAGUAAUAACUGUUUGUUAAAUCUUGAUACUAAUAACGAGGAUAUAAGUGCCAAUAUAUCCUAGUGAUUUUUAUUAUUUCAAUAAUUAUAAUAAGUAACGUAAGCUUUUAGAGAAUCGACCUAAAACUUUAUGGCAUGAAAAAAAAAGACUUUGAGUAAUGAUUUAUCAUUAACAAAACAAAAAAUAAUAAUAAUAACAACAAAUAAAGUAUUAGCUUAUUAAUAUUUGGAGUUUGUUGCCUUAAAAAUAAAUAAAAAAAUAAUAAUAAUAAAGUUAUAAUUAUUAGCGACGUAAAUUCAGUGAUAAAUUUUUUAUUGGGAUAAAUAAUAAACUCUAAAGUUUAUUAUUAUUAUUUUUGUUUUCACAAUUAUUUAUUUAAUAUGAAUAAAAGUUUAAAUAUUAAGUAAAAUAGUUGAUGAUAAAUAAUGCUGGUGGUUAAAUAAAUAUUGGACAUAAAAACUGCUGCUACUAAGUCAACACGAUAACACACCUCAUGAUAUUGUGUAACAUACUCAUACAGUGCAACUUGAUAACUAAUAUUAUAUAACAAUGACAACUUUGGGUUGUCGUAAAUAAAUAUUGUGUCUUUGGCCAUUCGCAUUAAUUUAAAAUAAAAAAAUACUAUAAGCUAUUGAUAAUUUAUAUCACUGUGAAUAUAGAAUACAUUAGGUAUUAUAAUAAUUAAUAAUGAUAUGAUAUAAUGUAUUUGUAUUGUGCUAAAUAGGUGCUAGGUAUGCAUAACUAAAUGAUAAUUAUCCUAGAUGAUUUUGUUAAUUUAUCAUUUAAUUACAUGAACUUAAUCAGUAAUCAAUACACCGUUUUAAUUGUAACUAUUUAAUCGCGGUGAUUUGUCAAUGAUUAAUAUAAAAACUUCCACUGUAAUAUAUACGCAUAGAUUUUUAAAUUCGCGUAAUUGUCGAAACAAAAUUUUUAUCCGAUUUAUAAUGAAAGAAUAUACAAAGUAAUCAGUUAAAUCUAUUUAGUUGAUUGAAUACUUCUUAGUUCAAAUUAGAAGUUUGAACGGGAGAAUUUUCAGACAGUGCCGCCCCCCCUCACACUAUUUAUAAAAUAUUCGAUGAUUUUUAAUUGUAAUGAUCGUAUUAAAAUUUUGAUAAUUAAUUAAAGACAGGCAACGUCGUUACAAUUUUGUCUAGACAUGGAUUUUUGAAAAAAUUACUCAGUUGAUAUCAAUUUAAAGUUAACAGGAAGUUGGAAAAUAAAUUUCGGUAAAGUUUUCAUGUCAACAUUUUAAUUUUGGAUGUCAAAUUUUUUAGACCAAAAUUUAUUUCAGAAUUUCGUUUAAAUCUUAAUUGGUAACAACAGAGUAAUUUUUUAAAAAUCUAUAUCUCUGAAAUUGUAACUGCGGUGAUAUUUUUUAAAUUAAUACUUUAAUUUUUUUGAAAUUAAUUAAUUAAAUUUUAAUACUUUUAUGACAGUUCAAUAUCAUUGAAUAUUUUUAAAAAGUGGGGGGGGGGGCACUGUCUGAGAAUGCCCUUAAAAUGAACUUGACGUACAAAAAUUAAUAAUUAGACUACUAGAUUUUUUUUAUUCCGGACAAAGUUUGUGACAUUACACUAGAUUGGAAUAAUGUUGCAUGUGGAAUAGAUUUAACUGACGAUUUUGUUAAGAUUUAAAAAAAAAUUAAUUCUGCGGACGACUUGUCAGUCGACUCGUGCAAUAAAAUUAAUGCUUUGACAAAACAUUAAGAGGUUGAAUGAAAAAAAUUUUAAUUUUUUUACAAACUUUAAUUAAUUUUAUAAAAAAAAAAAAGAAAAUUGCCAAGACGAUUUAAAAUUUACAUUAAUUCAUAUAAAUAUUUUUUUUCUUUUCUAAAUAUUUUUUUGUACUAGUAAUUUUUUUAGUACGCAUUUUUACACAUUACGCGAAUGUUGCCGCGAAUUACCAAUUAAUUAAUUAGUAUUUUUAAAAACAAAAAUUAACUUUUUAAAAAAAAAAAACUAAUCAGUAAAAAUUUAUGAUACAUUUUUUUUUUUUUAUUGCGCGAUAGAUUUAUUAAUUAAUUAAUAAUAUCAACAGUUAAUUAUACCGAUAAUUAAUCAUUAAGUUUUUAUCAAUUAUUAUUAUUUUUAUUAACUUUUUUUUUAAUGUUUUUUAUUUGUAUAAGAAUUUGAUUUUGUUAUAAAAAAUGUGGCAAAGUGAAGUCUUUUGAAAACUCUGACAUAAAAAAAAAAAAAAAAAUUAAGAUAACGAUGAAUGCGAGCUGAUUAAAAUGUAUUUUUAAAAUAUAUUAUAAAAAAAUUAUACUUGUAAAUUGUAUAAAUAUUCGUAACGACAUACGUUCUUCAUUGAUCAAUUAAUUAUUUAUUUAACUAAUUAAUUGAUUAAUAGUAGUUACGAUUUAAUAAGCUUUUCAUAUGUUACUCUUUUAUUUUAUACUUUUUAUUAUUAUUAUUAUUAUUAUUAUUUUCUUUUGUUUUUAUUUUGUUCUUGAAGUAAAUCAAAUGUUUUACUUAGAGACUUGAAAAAAAUGCGGGCAUUUGGGUGAAGUCGUAUCUGUAUAAAUAAAAUUUAUGUAAUUAUAAAAAAUAAUAAUUAAGAAAAUCAUAAAAAUAAUUAUUUGGUAUAUUUUUAAAAUUUUUUAAACAAAAUUUACUUUAAACAUUCGUGCCAUGCAAUAGCAUUGUAAUAUAUACUAACCAUUGCUCUGGUGUGCUUAUGUUUUUUUUUUUAUUUUUAUUUUUUACAUAUUAAUUAAUUAAUUAAUUAAUUAAUUAAUUGAUUAAUUGAAAUUAAGAAUAAUAAAAUAUUGAUAAGAAUGAUUAUUAUAAAAUAAUGAUAAUUUUUUAAAAUAAAUUUGUUAGAAUGUACGAUAGAUUAAUUAUAAUUUUUAAAAAUUAAUUUUAAAUCUCACUGAUGUUUAAACUUGCAGUGAAUUAAAUUUUAUUUUUCUGUAAUGAGAAAAAUAAUUCAAGUGAUGAAAUGUAAAGAAAUAUUAUCCGUUUUUUGUUGUUGUCAAAGUAACGGUAAUGAAGAAUUAUAAUAAAUUUAGAAAAUAUAAUCAAAAUAUAUUAUAUAUAUAUAAAUAUAUAUAUAUAUAUAGAAAAAUAUCACACUGGCAUAA